AUGAAGUUCCAAGUCCUCUCCGCCGCCACCAUGGUCGCCUCGGCCGCCGCAUUCCCCGCCCUGCACGCCCGCCAGAACGGCACCGUGCCCGACGGCACCCCCUUCUCCCUGGUCUCGAUCCGCUCCGGCUCAGACCUGCAGUACGCCUCCUUCUCCGCCGUCCAGGGCGGCCUGGCUCUCAACGUCGAGGAGCAGGGCGCGACCUGCGAGAAGGGCGAGCAGAACUACGCCACCUUCGUGCUGAACCAAGGCGAGCUGAGCCUGUACACCCCCGCCAACGUCACCCAGACGCUGUACACCGACCGCUCCGGCAUGGGCCAGGGCGUCCUGCAGUACUCUACCCAGCCCGGCGGCUACCUGCCCGGGCGCAACAGCGAGACCAAGGGCUGGACUGUCGACCAGUACGGCGACCUGACCUUUGACGGCGCCAGCCUGAUCGCCUGCCCCACCGACGUCGGCAGCGCCUACAGCGUCUGGGUCAGCGCUGGUGUCACCAACCCCGGUGGCAACACCGACUGUGUCGGCGUCGCCGUCCGCACCUCGGUCUCCACUGACCCCAACGCCUGCACCUACACCUACACUCCUGCCACCUCCUCUUAA